GCACGCUUUGUCGAUAACUUUACAGUUGUCAACGCAUGCGACGCUUGUCUAACUAGUAGCCUGCCCCUCUACCCCUGAGGAUCUGCAUCUGCCUGAGGCUACUACUGCAUCUAUCUGCUGCAUCUACCAACUCAAAAGCGAGUGUAGCAGAUAUGUGGUUAUAUACCUAGGUAGUUUAUCCUAUCGUGCCAAGCGGGUCUAGGUCGUGCCAGCCUUCAGUCCUCAUGCUACUUAUCUUACUUUAUGCAAACAAAGAUAUCAAAAGAUUGGGCAAGUGCCGAGUCAUGUCCACUAUCUACACUUAGUGGCAACCUCCUUACUCAACUCCAUUUGACUAGUCGGUCUAUCCCGCUUUCCUUACUGUCAUUCGUCUGAUACACCUGACCAUCCAAUGCUGAACUACACGUACUGAGUUUAUAUAACCGUAUCCACCUAUCCAGCACUCACUUUCAACCUUUAUAUUUCUCUGACUAGUCGCACUACGCAUCACACACUCUUCUGUACUCUACGCACAUAUCCCUACCCAGUACCCUUCGAAGUAUUAUAGUAACCCUCAAGCAAAUAAACAAAUAUUAUUUUAAGCAAGUAUGGAUGCUUACUCUGUCUCAUUUACCAGUGCCUCGCAACGAAAUUUCUCGCGUAUCUGGACAGACCUCAAGUCCUGCCGCCAGUAUAUUGUGGGUGCUGGAUUUUCCGGUCUACGUUGCACGGAUAUUCUCCUUCAGCAUGGAUUCGAAGUCACUUUGAUCGAGGGAAGGAAUCGACUCGGCGGAAGAGUGCAUCAGUCAAAAUUGCCUUCGGGACACAAGGUCGAGGAUACUGCUGGACCAAACUGGAUUCAUGGCACCAACGACAAUCCUAUCCUGGACCUUGCCAAUGAAACUAAAACUGCAACGGGACAGUGGGAGGAAAGAAGUUCUGUCUUCGACGAAGCGGGCAAGCAAGUUCCUGCCUCGGAUGCGAUACUCUACUCGACUAUCAUGUGGGAUGUCGUCGGAGCUGCCUUUGCGUACAGCAAUAAGCACUCUGCCACAAUAAGUCCCGAUGAAAGUCUCUGGGACUUCUUCAAAAAAGAGGUGCCUAAAAGAAUUCCGGAUACCGAAGAAAAUUUUGAGAGGAAGAGGAAUUUUGUCUAUCAGCUUGCCGACCAGUGGGGGGCGUUUGUUGGUAGUCACGUUUUCACCCAAAGCUUGAAGUUCUUUUGGUUAGAAGAAUGUAUAGAUGGUGAGAAUCUGUUCGUUGCGGAUACCUAUGAGAAGAUCCUUCAGCUCGUCGCGAAGCCGGCCAUGGAGGGCGCCAAAAUCAAAUACGAGACAAUUGUCAACAAAAUACAGAGUACCAAUGAUGAAGGUGGUACACUGAAAGUUCACACCGAGGGCGGAGAGAGCCUGGAGUUCGACGAAGUUGUCCUCACUGCACCGCUUGGUUGGUUAAAACGACACACCGAUGCUUUUGAGCCGGCGUUGCCAUCAAGACUCAGCAAGGCUAUUCAAAGUAUUGGCUAUGGAUGUCUUGAGAAGGCUUACAUCAGCUUCCCGAAAGCCUUCUGGACCCUUGAUCGCUCCGAGGAUAACAGAAUCGAGGGGUUCUGCCAAAUGCUCGCACCAGACUACGCAGCCGACAGGAAUCCAAAGAAAUGGAACCAGGAAUUUGUCGAGUUGGCAUCUCUGAAAUCCUCUGCUCACCCAACAAUGCUUUACUACUUCUACGGCGACCAGUCAAAAUUCAUCACCGGCGAGCUGGCGAAACUACCUUCGAAGGAGAAAAAAGAUGAGUUCUUGUAUGACUGGUUUAAGCCGUAUUACUCCCGUCUUCCCAACUAUGACGAGAAGUCUCCCGACUGCCAGCCCAAUGGCUGCUAUGCGACUGAGUGGCUGAAUGAUGAACUCGCCGGUAAUGGCAGUUAUAGCAAUUUCCAAGUGGGCCUCGAGGAGGGCGAUGCAGAUAUAAAGGCCAUGAGGGACGGGUUACCUAAUAGAGGCCUCUGGCUAGCGGGUGAACAUACGGCUCCCUUUGUUGCCCUGGGAACGGCUACGGGUGCUUACUGGAGUGGUGAAUCAGUAGGAAAGAGGAUCGCGCAGGCCUACUUCAGAGGAGAAGGUGGCGUUAUGACCUUGGGUUAAACAGACGAGAGUCUACCCAGUACUUACCUUCCUACCUAUCUCGUGGGUAGGUAGGAAAACCGAGUUAAAUGAUAUUAUCCCUUAUGGGAUAUAUGUAGCGGCGGGGGCAUUGGAAGGAUUGGUAAAGAUAAACUGGCCUAGCGACUUUUUAGGAAGCGUAGAUGGGUAACCCAUCCAAAUUUACCUAGAAGUAGAGUAUAUCGGUAUGAAUGCCACAUCGAUCAACUGGA